UCCGGUUGGAGACGUGGCUCUGUGCUGCCAUAUUGGAGCCGUAGGCUGGGAGACGCCAGUGGAAAGCAGCGGAUCGACUCUUGAAUAUUUUGCAGAGAAAGCGUCUGGAAAUUGGGAGGAUCCCCCUAUCAUUAGGAACGUAAUAUCUUUUGCAAGCACAAGGAGCGAAAAUGGUGCUGUUGGCAGCGGCAGUGUGCACCAAGGCGGGCAAGGCCAUCGUGUCGCGCCAGUUUGUGGAAAUGACCCGCACGCGCAUCGAAGGCCUGCUGGCGGCCUUCCCCAAGCUCAUGAACACGGGCAAGCAGCACACCUUCGUGGAGACGGAGAGCGUGCGCUACGUGUACCAGCCCCUGGAGAAGCUCUACAUGGUGCUCAUCACCACCAAGAACAGCAACAUCCUGGAGGACCUGGAGACCCUGCGCCUCUUCUCCCGUGUGAUUCCCGAGUACUGUCGCGUGCUGGAGGAGAGCGAGAUCUCGGAGCACUGCUUCGACCUGAUCUUCGCCUUCGACGAGAUCGUGGCGCUGGGCUACCGCGAGAACGUCAACCUGGCGCAGAUCCGCACCUUCACGGAGAUGGAUUCACACGAGGAGAAGGUGUUCCGCGCUGUGAGAGAGACCCAGGAGCGCGAGGCCAAGGCCGAGAUGCGCCGGAAGGCCAAGGAGCUGCAGCAGGCCCGCCGCGACGCCGAGCGCUCGGGGAAGAAAGCCCCUGGCUUCGGUGGCUUUGGCAGCUCGGGCAUGUCGGGCAGCAGUCCCAUCACCAUCACCGACACACUCAUCGAACCCGAGAAGCCCAAGGCGACACCAGCACCCAGCAGACGUCACCUGCCCCUCCUCUGUCCCCCUGCAGUUAACUGCUGGCCUUCGGAGAGUGGGAGCGGCUGCGAUGUGAACAUUGAGUAUGAGCUGCAGGAGGAGGGGCUGGAGCUCAACGAUGUCGUCAUCUCUAUCCCAGUCCCCUCGGGAGUGGGCGCCCCCCUGAUCGGCGACCUGGACGGCGAGUACCGGCACGACAGCCGCAGGAACGUGCUCGAGUGGUGCCUGCCCGUCAUCGACGCCAAGAACAAGACGGGCAGCCUGGAGUUCAGCAUCGCGGGCCAGCCCAACGACUUCUUCCCCGUGCACGUCUCCUUCGUCUCCAAGCGCAACUACUGCGACAUACAGAUUUCCAAAGUCACCCUGGUGGACAGCGACAGCCCUGUGAGGUUCUCCUUGGAAACGUCGUUCGUCGUCGACAAGUACGAGAUACUGUAAGCGCGCGGGCGCCUCGCGAUCCCUGAUGGCCGCCGUCAACCGCGAGAAGACGAGAGAAGAAGAAAAGAAAAGGAGAAACCGAUAGUAGCCUGUCCGCUGUGUACCAGAUUGAAUACAACACAUCAACGGGACGCAAUCCUGCUAAGCCCUUACCGCCAUGGCGUGCAGUAUUUGGUGUAUUUAUACCUUUAUAUGUAAAAAAAAGAAACAGAAAUGCUAUAUAUAUAAAUAAAACCGAACAGGACGCAGUUGUGCUGCAUCAGCAAAGGAGAAUCGUAAUAUACAAACAGGAGGGCUGUGGGGGAGAGGAGGGACAAGUAGUGUUUAAAGGGGGCUAGGGUGGGGAUGGGGGGGGAGGGCUAGGGGUUGUGCUUCAGGUGUGAUCCAAAAAUUGAAUACCUAAAUAAAAAGAACGUCCUGAUAACCUGAGCAGCAUGACGUUUCCCCGGACGUCCAAAGACAGGUGUGGAAAGAUCCCAGGCUCGUGGACAGCCUUUGUAACGAGGGUGUGUGUGUGUGGGGGGUCAGAUGAGCCGAUUUCCUGCGACCGCAGUCAGAGGAAGAGUACGGAGUGUGGCUUGAGCAGCUAUGUUGCUUUCUGGGCAAAAAAAAAAGAAAAAACACUAAACGAGUUGCUAGAUGACUGCCUCACGUCCAGCUUUAACCUGCACCUCUUGCGCAGCCUCUUCGGAUUGACUGGGAGUCGUGUGAACCCGGUUUGUUAUGUAUCCCAGUGUGGGAACAGCCCAAGGAGCUGGACGUUCGGCUAAAUCUUAUCAGGGGAGAAUGCGAGUACAGCUGGGCACCUUGACAUGUUAUUAAAAUAUCAACAGAGCUGCGGGGGGGGGAAAAAUCGAAACCUUGACCUUAUUAUUGCUGCACUCCCUUCAGUCCAUGUAAGAUCCCAGCUGCACUGUGAUUGGAAAUAUUUUUAAGUAACAGCUUCAAAUUCAGACAAAAUGGCAUGUUCUAUUAUAUAUGGCAUUUUGGGUGAAUGUGGCCUCCAGUACAUAUCGGUUGAAAAUUAAGAUUUUCAGUACGUUUUAAAAUCCAAUUAAUUUGUGCAUAGGCAGUGAUUUUCCGCAGCUUUGCUUUGCUUCUGAUACAAGAUUGCAAGAUAAAAACAGAUGAACUACAUUGUCCCUGUGGGGCAGUAGCAUCUAAGCGGGUAGUACUGUAUAUCAGCCAGAUUGCGAUUUAUCAGACCGUUAGGUGGUGCUUGGUAAACGCUUGCUCCUGUUUUUUGAUGUGGCCAAUCUUCCCUGGGCUUGUUUGUCCUUUUACCACUGUUCCAAUUACACUUAAAAUGUGGCUUUUGUGAAAUAGCACUGGAAGCCUGGGUUUCUCUGUUGUUUGGCCUUCUAAAGAAAUUCCAGAAGAUCAGGCUGGUGCAGAAUAUUACCAAGCUCCUGGAUGUUGAAACCUCUUAACAUGAUUCAAUAUCCAGCAGUAGUCUAUUGUCGGGAUCAAGUGAUAAGGACUUCCUUUUAAGCACCUUUGGCCUAAACAGUUCCGGCGAUUGGUCAGAUGGUGUAGUUUUUGCAGCUCUGGCGGGAAACCAGGAAAACAUCAUGCAGGUUCUUCAGUUUUGUGGUCCGUGGAGUGACUCCUGCGCAAAGUGGUUCAGGGAUCAGGAUGGACCUACAUCUGAGCUGCCUUUAUCUUCCAGACCUAACAGAACCUUCUGAUGUUGAGGUUUAUUGGGCAGAAAAACAAGGGACGCUCAAAAUUCAUCAGGCUUUGGGAAAUGUAGGAUGAAGUACGGAUGCCUGCCAUGUGGUUGAAUUUCUGAAACGUCUCGGUUGUGAUUAAGGAUCUGGCAUCAGAAAGAGUGUAUAUAUUGGUGUAGGAUAUCACGUGUACAAAAACUGGAGGCUCCCUUGAGGUUGAGGGGAACCGGUACCACCCCACCCCCCCAACACUAUCCCAUUUCCUCCCCACAGCCCACGUCAUGUAAACAAAUGUUGCUACUCUAUGGUCCUGACUCCAGUGACGUUACUUGUUACGUACCGACUUCUUUUAGCCCUGAUUGUCGAUCUAGUUGGAAGACAAAAGAAAGGAAUAUUUGUUUUGUUUUUGUUUGUAUUCUUUGAAUUUUCGGGGAGGGGAGGGAGGGCUGGGGGGGGUUUCUGAGUGAGGUUAGGGGAGGUGGAAGGUUAAAGCUGAAACCGUUUUGUAACCCUGUAAAAAAAAAAACUAGAAGAGGGAAUUGCAAAUAACAUUCCAGUGUAAAAAAUAAAUAAAAAGGCAAAAAAAUCUUUAAUCAAUUAAAGUGUAUUAUAAAAUG